AUGAAAUCGAGCAAAGAUGGGGCCGAGUAUGGUGGGACAAGUCCGCAGCGAGAAAGACCCGCAGUUCGCCACAUUCUACCUGCCACGCUUCCAAGUUCGCAUCUUCAAACUGCGCAAACUGCCGGCUUCGUGAUUUGCCCGACGCAGAUCACGAGGAUCAUUAAGAGCGAAAAGCAGGAGCUAGACCUGAGCUCGAGUUUCUCGGGAAGAUCCGAUUGUUCGCCGGAGAAAGCGAGGCCCAGGCAACGAUGGACAAGCAACGAAGAUACGAAACUAAUGGCGCUUGUGAAAAGCGCUGGAAAUGACGAGGCGAUCGGGUGGAACGAGAUUUCCGAGAAGCUGCCAGGGCGCACCGAUGUUCAAUGCCGCGCCAGGUGGAAGAAUCACCUCCAGCCCGACCUUAUCAAAGGGCCCUGGACCAAGGAGGAAGACGAUCUCGUCGUCGAGCUUGUCAAGAAACAUGGACCCCGAAAAUGGGCCUUUAUCGCCAAACAUCUAAAAGGCCGCAUCGGGAAGCAAUGCCGCGAGCGAUGGCACAACCACCUGAAUCCGGAAAUAGACAAGUCUGACUGGACUAUUGAAGAAGACUGGAUUAUCCACGAGGCGAGAAAGAAAGUGGGAAACAAGUGGGCUGAGAUCGCCAAGCUUUUCAAGGGACGCACCGACAACGCGAUCAAAAAUCACUGGAACUCGAGCUUGCGAAGACGCGUUGAAAAACAAGAAUAUCUGGCAGGAGAUUGUCCGGACAGCGUGAAAGAAACUAUCGAGAAGCUGGGCCAACAAAACGGGGCGAACAUGAGCUUCAAUAGCAACUCUUCCCAUUCUCACAGUCGCAGUAAAAUGGGUCGUUUGAGCUUCAGCCACGAAUCGUACCACCGUUCUCGUUCGAUGAGCGAAACACACUCAACAGCUCACUCCCUCAGCUCCACUUCCAUCAAGCUCGAGCCAAUCAAUGUCGGUAACAACUCUAGCUACGGACAAAUGGAUACUUCUUGCUGGAGUAUGAAUAGCAUCUCUGGAUUUGGCAGUAGCAUGAGCGGACUCCCACCUAAGCGGCCUUGUUUCGAGCCUGGCGUCUACCGCCCCUUCAACUAUAUGCCCACGACACCGACCAAGUCCCCCGUCAAAUUUGACCGCCUUCAUUCUGGUGGAACGAGAGUUAUUCUCAAUGGACAGCGUCGAGGACAAGAAAUGCUCAAUUUUCGCGACCUUGUUGCUCCUCCUUCGGCCGACACGACUCUGAUCGGUCGCGAAACGCCCAUCAGAGCUACUGAUUCGCACGAGAUCGACCUGAACCAGACUGCGAAUCAAGAAAAUGAGCAUCCAGAAAACACCGUCCGCCCAGAGCCGAGUCACUCCGUGAAAAGCUUGCUCGUCCAGGAGCUGGAAAAAACGCAGAAUUUGACUCUUCCAGGUGGAAAUACGUCGACGCUGAACAGGACGCCGACGCAAUCUCCUCUCAAGACGCUUUUGUCUCCAUCACGUUUUCUUAACGGUCCUCCCCUCUCUUCUUCAACCCCUCGCCAUUUGCGCUCUCCUCGAAAGCGCCUAGAAGAGCUGGAGAAAGAAAACAUCGAUGGCUCGAGCACGCCCCGCGUCAAUCCUUCCGAACGACCAAUGUCCAAGCGCGAUUUGCUGAAUUUGACGCCGAAACGAAGUGUUCCCUUCGUUCCACGAACGCCUACUCCCUUCAAGAGAGCAAUGGCAGCGCAGGAAAAGCGACAUGGGAAGUUGAACAGAACAGGAGAUGUCAGUGUCGAAGAUCUCUCCGAGGUCCUCUCCUUCAUCGACUCCCCAAGACGCUCCGUCGCCGGUACUUCUCGAAGCUACAUUGAGCUCUUGCCAAAUCCCCGAAAGCGCGUGAGAAAAGCCCUCCAACUCGACGACGAUGGAUACUCAUCCUUCUCCGGCGGCGCCGCUUCCGAUCGCUUCCGAUCUGCUUCGAUAAACUCCUCCACCGCGCCGCUUUGGAAAAAUGCGCAGAGCAGUUUGAAUAGUUGCGUCGCCAAGGAUUUUGAGCGAGAGCAGCUUGAAGCGAAGAAUAACGAUGUUACCGAGGUGGUGAAAAUUGAAGCGGCGACGACGGAAACGCCUUCUUCCGAUGAUUUUUUCAUCAAAAACGAACCGAGCCCUGACAGUUGGAACGCCAUCGCCACCGGUUCCAGUCAAACCCAGCAAAGUCUGACAGCAGACGCAGAAGCCUACCUCAAGAUGUUCAACUAA